AUGAAAGAAGUAUCUAUAUCACUGGAAUUGGAAACUAGACAACAGGAUGAAUUAAAUAGCAUUGCCUCGAUAUACGGCGAUAUCUUUAAAGACGUCACUCCAAAGGAAUUGAUUUGGAAUAAGACACCCAACCCGCAUUUUCAGGUAUUUCUAUCCUCAUCUGAAAAUGAAGAAAACCCCACAGUUUCCAUUACAUUGGAUAUAGAGUUCACGCCGACGUAUCCAUUGUCGUCGCCAAAGGUCAAAUUUCUCAACCCUCAAAAUUUGUUAAAAGCGCAUGUUGCUCGUUUGAAAGAAAAGUCCGAAGAGCUAGUGAAGGAGUACGAGCAUGAGGAAGUUUCCUUCGCUAUAAUAUCGGAACUGAAGUUUAUAUUAGAUGACAUUCAAGCAACAAUGGCUAAGGUGUUAUCAUUAGAGGAAGAAAGAGAGGAAAGACUUCGGAAUGAGCGUAAAGCAUUGGAGGAACUUGAAGCAAAGCAGCAGAUGGAGCUAGAGUCUGCAACUCAAAAGAGAAGCGAGGAGCUAAAUGAACAAAUUCAAAAAAUUAAGUUCGAGUUGGACGAGGAAGAGGGGGAAGAAGAAGGAGUUGAAGUUGAAGUUGCGCCUUUGCCUGAUGAUAAGGCUAAUUAUUUCAUAUUUGAUAAUGAAGUGGAAGAUGUACUACCACAUAGUCGACGAAAAUUCAAGUUUAGAGCUGUGCAGGGGUUUAUUAGGUACACCAAGAGAAGUCUAUUCAGUUCAAUUGGUAAGCAAUUCAUUGUCAAGCCUUUUGUCAGUGACGAGGUCAGGGCAGAAGCUGAUAAACAUGGCCACGAACUCAAUUACAUUUUGACCGAAAUUGAUUUCAAUAACCAACAUUGGCAACGUGAUUCCGGCAAGAGCGAUGUUCAAGACUUGGAAAAAGAGUUGCAGUCUUGGGUCAAUCUGAAUAAUCCACACAUGCUCAAAUUGAUUGGAUUUCAAAUAGACAAAAAUAAGGGUUGGAAAGUUCGAUUGUUAACGGAGUUUUCAUUCGUUUCCGAAUCAUUGUUUGAAAUUAUGCCAUCGAAAGGACAUUUUAGUCUACCGGUGGCUAGGAUAUGGCUUAUGAACUUGAUACCGGUUUUGGAACAGUUGCACAACUCGGGACUGAUCCAUAAGCAGAUCAACCCUUUUACAGUCUUUCUAUUCGAGCAGGACCGCACAGGUCAAGGCAAUUCAUUUACAGACUCGUCCAAUGUCAAUUCAUACGGUGAUGAGCAUGGCAAAGUGUUGAAGUUGGCACACCCUUCAUAUGGGUAUAAGAUUCUACGAAUGUUGGAGGCGCACCCGAAUACUGGCAGCGACAAGUUUCGUAAGGACAGCAAUAAGAACCCAGAUUCUUGGACUCCUCCAGAGGUUAGGCAAACAGGCGUUUACAACCAGAAAUCAGAUGUUUGGGAUUUGGGUGUACUUGUUCUACGACUUGUGGUGGGGAAGGAUGCAUUGACUAAGGACUUCCCAAAUCCGGAUGAAUUUAACAAAAGGUUUCUUGACAAACUCAAAUCAGAACGUGCCGAACACGUUGAACAAAUUCAUGAUUUGUUGGUGAAGUUGCUACAGCCCAAAUACUCGAAAAGACCGACACUCUUGGAAUUGAAUGCUAUCAAGUUUUUGCGAGAUGGCCCUGUUUUGAGGAAGCAAGAUAGUGCUGUAAUUAUGGCCACUGGCAAUAACAAUAAUAACAAUAGAGGCAGCCGGGCAUUAACAAGAGAUGACUCUGUCCGCCAGGGGAGGCUUUUAAAUGAUUCACCUGGUAGUCAGUUUUACAAUAGCGCUGGAUACUCACUUGGUCUGGAACCACGAGGAAACAGCAGAUAUGAAAGAGAUUUUGAAGAGAUUGGUAGGUUGGGUAAGGGUGGCUUUGGUGACGUCGUGAAAGCUAGGAAUAGAAUGGAAGGUACCUAUUACGCUAUAAAGAAAAUUAAGCAUCGAGCUAACAAACUUGAUUCACUUUUGAGUGAGGUGUUGUCCUUGGCCAGGUUGAACCACCAAUAUAUUGUGAGAUACUACGGUACUUGGGUUGAGGAGUUAGCGGAAAAUCUGGAUAACCUGGAGGAGGGUAAAAUCGUGUCCAUUUCAGAGGAAAGCUCUGAGUCGGGUGACGAAACAUCGGAAGAUAUGUCUGAUCUAAGCUAUGUUAAUCGAUCUUCGUCAUUUUUAGCAACACGCACCAAUUCUUUCCAAAUUGAUUACAUGUCCAGCUCAUUCGAUCCUCGAAUUGAGUUUGAUGAUGAGUCUUUGGCGCAACAAAGCAAUACAUCUGAAGAUGUUUUUGAAUUUGCCCACUCAACUGAUGAAGAUUCAUCCACCCGGGAAAGCACUGAUGUCUCUCGCGUGCAAACAAGAGAUGGACCCGACAAAAAACUGCACUCAGCUCAAGACAAAAAGGUUCAAGUGGUGUACCCGCGAUCUAUCCUUUAUAUUCAGAUGGAAUUCUGUGAAAAUAACACAUUAUUGAAUCUUAUUGAACAAGGGCUUCCUAAUAAUCCAAACGAAUACUGGAGACUAUUUCGACAAUUAUUGGAAGCGGUUUCUUAUAUUCAUAGCGAAGGAUUUAUCCAUAGAGACUUGAAACCAAUGAAUGUUUUUAUUGAUAAAUCGAAUAACAUCAAGGUUGGAGAUUUUGGUUUGGCCAAAAAUUCACAAUUCAUGUCGACACUACCCACGACUGAGCAAAUUGCUGAAAAGGUUGAUGCCGUGGCAUCUAAGAAUGGCGACCUAUCAACUGUGGUUGGAACUAUUUUCUACACGGCGCCAGAGGUCUCAUCUGGAAACUACGAUGAAAAAGUUGAUUUGUUUUCAUUAGGUGUUAUCUUUUUUGAAAUGUGCUACCUGUUGGCGACAGGCAUGGAACGAGCUAUAAUUCUAAACAAGUUGAGACAACGCGAGUACCCGGAAAAUUGGAAGAGCACUCAGGAAAAGCAAAUUGUUCAUCAACUACUCGAUCCGGAUCCAAAGGCAAGGCCAGGAGCGGCGGAGCUUUUGCAAAGUGGUCGCUUGCCAGUGGAGCAUCAAGACCAAGUUAUAAAAGAAGCCUUAAAGUCCUUGGCAGAUCCAGCCUCUCCGUGGCAACAACAAGUAAGAGAAGCUUUGUUUAAUCAACCAUAUUCUUUGGCAAAGGACUUGCUAUUUGAUAGUAAUCGAGAACUAACAACCAGUUCAACUAGUGAUUAUCUAUUGUUUAGCAAAAUCAUCGACGAAUUGACAAAUCUUUUCCGCAAGCAUGGUGCUGUUGAAAACAUGAACAUAAACUUGAUCUUACCACGCAUACCUAGCCAGCCAAAAGAUCAAGUAUACGAAUUCCUUGACAGAGGUGGGUCAGUUAUCACUUUGCCGUAUGAUUUGGUUGUUCCAGUUGCACGAUUUGUUAGCAAGAACGAAGUCAAUGUACCAAAGUUUUACCGACACGAUUACGUCUAUCGACCCAGCUUACGAGGAGUGGGCAUGCCUGAAAAAUAUAGUGCAAUGAACUUUAGCAUCACGAGUCAGUCUGACCGAGAGGUGAUUGCAAACGACGCUGAAUGUUUAAAAGUUGUUGAUGAAAUCAUGCACAUUUUUGCCCAGAUUCCAGCUCGGAAAAUCAUUUUUAUUAAUCAUUACGAUAUUCUUGAUGCCGUUGUAUCAUUUGUGCUUGGAAACACGAAAGUCGAUGACCAAGUCAAGUGGGGGGUUUUUGCAGUACUAUCCCAGCUUGGAAUUGACAAGUCUGUUGAUGACGUGAAGAAAUAUUUACGAGAGGAGUUUCAAAUCCCUCGUACCGUCAUUGAGGACCUCCUACUGAAUUUCAACUUUACUUGUUCACUACCCGAAGCUAGACAAAAACUACAAAAGCUAAUGAUUGACUCGCCUCAGUUGAUUAAAGUAGAAAAAUCUUUUGCCUAUCUAUCCAAAGUGCAAGGUAUUCUCAAUCAGUUUGAGAGAAAAUCAGAGAUAUUGUUUAAUCCAUUGUACAACUACGAUAACCGGUAUUUUCGUCAUGGUAUUAUGUUUCAAGCGGUGUUUAAAGGAGAUAAAUCAAAAAGGUACAGCAGAAUCAUUACUGGAGGACGAUUCGACACUUUGAUUAGAUCGUUUACUGACGUUUCUGUCACUGGUUCUAAAACAUUCAAGCCUAAUAAGCUGCAUGGUGUUGGGUUUACCUUGACUACUUCGUUUUUGUUUGCUUUGAUGAAAAGUAUCAUGUCACGGAAAUUUGUAAAGAAUGAAUUUACCAAGUGGAAGGGAAACCGAUGCGAUGUCCUAGUGAGUUCCACACAACAAGAGUUUGUCGAUUUAUGUGGGUAUGAAAUUUUGGGCAAAUUGUGGCUGAAAACUAUUAGUGCCGAUCUUGCGUCUGCUAGAUCACAAGAUGAGCUACUAAAUGAAGCUUCAAUCAUUGGCGCUUCUUGGGUUGUUUUGAUACGACAGAGCCAACAGGUUUCCAAAAGAUCAAAGAAAUCUUCAAAUUUCAAACCUCUCAAGGUAAAGAAUGUGAUUACGGGAAAAGAUGUCGACUUAGAUAGUUAUGAGGAGCUAGUCGAGUACUUGACUGGAGAAAUAGGCAGUGUUGAAGAUGAUGCCGAUGAUGAAACUAUAUCUGGCCCUAGUCAAUCUGGCACCGAUGCGCUUACCGUCGAGCAAUUGGAUACGGUUGAUUUGAAUCAAAAGAUUACAGUUGUCAACAACGAGGCUCCACGAGGUCGAAAAAAUAACAAGAGAGAAAAGUGGGAGGUUGAAACCAAUGCAAAAACAAUUGGCUCGCAGGUGGUGCAGAAACUAGCCCAAGGACCUGUUCUUAUAUUUGACGUUCGGGAUGAGGUGGUGGACAUGAUUAGUAUAACAUCGAUCCAUCAACAAGACGAAUGGAUAAGAAAAGUGCUCUUCAGUGCAAACAAUUUACCAAAGAGUUUUGCCAUGAAUAUAUACAGUAGUUUGGUAAAAGAGGAAGCUAAAGGACACAGUUGGUGCAUUUUGGUGGCAUCAAGAACAUUACAUUCGGCAAUAGUUGAUUUAAGAAGAUGA